AUGUCCAGUGCGGCGACAGUAGUCACGGCAGAGACGCCCUGUGCCCUCCAACUUAGGAAUGGUGGCUGCUCAGGCACCCAGCGCAAGGAGGAAGUAGGAUGGCGAAGGAUCAUCCGCAACUUUACCCCAUCAUGGUUUGCAGUCACAAUGGGCACUGGCAUCGUCAGCAUCUUGCUUCGUAACCUGCCCUACAACAUGCCUUGGAUCUCUCACGGCGUUGCUGUUGGCUUCUUCAUCCUUAACAUUGGCUUGUUCUCCGUGUUUACCGUCAUGACCGUCGUCCGCUACGCCUUGUACCCGGAAAUCUGGACUGCUAUGAUGGUACAUCCCGCCCAGUCUCUCUUCCUGGGCUGCUUUCCCAUGGGUUUUGCCACCAUCAUCAACAUGAUGAUUUUUGUCUGUUCUCACUGGGGAGAUUGGCUUGUGUAUCUGGCCUGGGGCUUCUGGUGGUUUGAUGCGCUCAUCUCUGUCACGACCUGUGUAGCCGUCCCCUUCAUCGUCAUGCAUCGACACAAACCCGGUCUUCAAGCCGUCACAGCCGCCUACCUGCUCCCCAUCGUACCAACCGUCGUUGCCGCGGCCACGGGUGGCAUCGUUGCGUCCGCCCUCCCCUCCCGCACUCACGCCGUGACAACGCUUGCCGUCUCAUACAUCCUCUGGGGUCUCGGACAGUGCUUCUCCGCCCUCGUUCUCGCUCUAUACCUUCAUCGCCUUACCGUCCACAGCCUUCCUCCGCGCGAGGCCAUCGUCUCCGUCUUCCUGCCCAUCGGGCCCCUUGGCCAGGGCGGUUUCGGCAUCCUGCAGCUCGGCAACGUCGCCCUGUCGCUCUUCCCAGCCGGCACCGUCGACGUCGACCCGCUGCUGCGCGCAGGCGAGAUUCUCUACGUCCUCGGCAUCUUUCUGGCCCUCUGCAUGUGGGGGUUUGCGCUGGCAUGGCUGUCUUUCGCGCUGCUGAGCCUCGCUGCCCUGCAAAAGUUCCCUUUCAACAUGGGCUGGUGGGGCUUCACGUUCCCCCCUGGGCGUGUUGGCCACCUGCACGGGCAUGCUGGGACGGGAGCUCGACAGCGACGUGUUUCGGGUCCUGACCAUGGUCUUGUCGCUAUCUGUGUGCCUUUUGUGGCUUGUCGUUGCUGUGCGGACGCUGCGGCUGGCGCUCACGGGCGAGAUGUUCCAUGCGCCGUGCUUGAAAGACCUCAGAGAGAAGGGGCAGCAGGGAGGCGGGGAUAG